AUGAUCAGAUUUGUUAGGUUUCUUAGUCAUUUUUGUUUCAUGUAUCUGUGUUCCUCUUUUUCUCAAUUCUUCUUCUUCUUCUCCUCCUCCUCCUCUUCCUCCUCCUCUUUUUCUUCACUUUCUUCUUUUCUUCUUCCUCUCCUGCUUAUCCUCCUCCUCCUCGUCCUUCUUCUUCUUCUUCACCUUCUUCUUCUCCUUCUUCUUCUUUUCUUCUGCUUCUUCUCUUUCUCCAUCCCCUCCUCCUCCUCCUCAUCCUUCUUAUUAUUAUUAUUCACUUUCUUAUUAUUAUUUUCUUCUUCUUCUUCUUCUUCUUCUCCUCCUCCUCCUCAAUAUCCUCCUCCUUCUUCUUCUUCUUCUUCACCUCUUCCUCCUGCUUUUUCUUCACUUUCUUCUUUUUCUUCUUCUUUUCUUCUUCUUCUUCUACUCUUCCUCCUCCUCCUCCGCCUUCUUCUUCUUCUUCACUUCUUCUUCUUCUUCUUCUUCUUCUCCUCAAUAUCCUCCUCCUUCUUCUUCUUCUUCACCUCUUCCUCCUCCUUUUCUUCACUUUCUUCUUUUUCUUCUUCUUUUCUUCUUCUUCUUCUUCUACUCUUCCUCCUCCUCCUCCUCCUCCUCCUUCUUCUUCUUCUUCACUUCUUCUUCUUCUUCUCUCAUUCCUAUGUUUUAUCGUACAUAGUUUCUUUUCAAAAUGAUUCUAUCCUUCCCUCACUCUUUCCUUCCUUCCUUCCUUCCUUCCUUCCUUCCUUCCUUUUUUCCUUCCUUCUUUUUACUUUCAUCUUUUUCCACUUUGUCAUUUCAUUCUACUUCAGCGUCUUCAUUCCCUACUUUAUUCUUUCCUUUUAG